GCAAUUGGACGCCGGGGCGCCUCCGGACCCCUGCAAAGGGAAAAAUCUCCGCGGAGGGUGGAGCGGUGCCUUUAUAAGGCGCGGCACCACCUCCUUCCCGCCCGCCCCCGCGCGCCCCGCCUCGGGAGCUGAGUAGGCUGCGUUCCCCUUGGAACGCGCCUCAGAACCAGAGUCCCGGUGACGACUGCCGUGUUCGCUCCCUCAGUCCACUCGCCAGCCCGCGGCUCUUCACCGCUGCACCCCGCCAGUCCGCCCCUCUCCUGUGCCAGGAACCGACAGGCACCAUGCCCCACCAAUACCCAGCACUGACCCCGGAGCAGAAGAAGGAGCUCUCUGACAUUGCUCACCGGAUUGUGGCUCCGGGCAAGGGCAUCCUGGCUGCAGAUGAGUCCACCGGGAGCAUUGCCAAGCGACUGCAGUCCAUUGGCACCGAGAACACCGAGGAGAACCGGCGCUUCUACCGCCAACUGCUGCUGACUGCCGACGACCGCGUGAAUCCCUGCAUUGGGGGCGUCAUCCUCUUUCAUGAGACACUCUACCAGAAGACAGAUGAUGGGCGUCCCUUCCCCCAAGUUAUCAAAGCCAAGGGCGGUGUUGUGGGCAUCAAGGUAGACAAGGGUGUGGUACCCCUGGCAGGAACAAACGGCGAGACAACCACCCAAGGGCUGGAUGGGCUGUCGGAGCGCUGUGCCCAGUACAAGAAGGACGGAGCUGACUUUGCCAAGUGGCGUUGUGUGCUGAAGAUAGGGGAACACACCCCCUCCACCCUCGCCAUCAUGGAAAACGCCAAUGUCCUGGCCCGUUAUGCCAGCAUCUGCCAGCAGAAUGGCAUUGUGCCCAUCGUGGAGCCUGAGAUCCUCCCUGAUGGGGACCAUGACUUGAAACGCUGUCAGUAUGUAACCGAGAAGGUGCUGGCUGCUGUCUACAAGGCUCUGAGUGACCACCACAUCUACCUGGAAGGCACCUUGCUGAAGCCCAAUAUGGUAACCCCAGGCCACGCCUGCACCCAUAAAUAUUCUCACGAGGAGAUUGCCAUGGCAACUGUCACAGCGCUGCGUCGCACAGUGCCCCCCGCUGUCCCUGGGAUCACCUUCCUAUCUGGAGGCCAGAGUGAAGAGGAGGCAUCCAUCAACCUCAGCGCCAUCAACAAGUGUCCCCUGCUGAAGCCGUGGGCGCUGACCUUCUCUUACGGCCGAGCCCUGCAGGCCUCUGCCCUGAAGACUUGGGGUGGAAAGAAGGAGAACCUGAAGGCUGCUCAGGAAGAAUACGUCAAGCGAGCCCUGGCCAACAGCCUUGCCUGCCAAGGAAAGUACACCCCAAGUGGUAAGGCGGGGGCUGCAGCCAGUGAGUCCCUCUUCAUCUCUAACCAUGCCUACUAAGCGGAGGUGUUCUAAGGCUGCCCCCUCAACACUCCAGGCUCUGCCCCCUCCCACACUCACUCUUGAAGAGAGGGGGCCUCAACCGGGGCUCCAGGCUGCUCUUGCCCGUCACUCUUGCCUCCCUCGUGACAUUGAUGCCUGGUGUUGUCUGUGUACGCUAACUCCGCCAUUUCCAGCUUACUGCCAAUAAACAACUAUUUAAGGGGGA